AGAAAAUGUCGUCGCGUAAACGAGGAAUAACUCCAUCGCGAGACCAAGUCCGCCGGAAGAAGUUAUCGAUUGAAGAAACCGACAGUAUCGAAGUCGUUUGUCGUCUUUGUCCAUAUACUGGCUCGACUCCAAGUCUUAUUGCAAUUGAUGAGGGAUCUAUUCAAACUGUUCUUCCACCAGCACAGUUCAGACGCGAAAACGCUCCACAAGUUGAGAAAGUGUUUAGAUUUGGACGAGUUUUUUCGGAAAAUGAUGGACAAGCUACUGUUUUUGAGCGGACAUCUGUUGAUUUAAUUUUAAACCUAUUGAAAGGUCAGAAUUCGUUGUUAUUCACUUAUGGAGUUACUGGAUCUGGAAAAACGUAUACAAUGACGGGAAAACCCACUGAAACCGGCACAGGACUACUGCCGCGUACAUUGGAUGUAAUUUUCAAUAGUAUUAAUAAUCGAGUUGAGAAAUGCAUCUUCUAUCCAUCAGCACUGAAUACAUUCGAGAUCCGUGCCACAUUGGAUGCUCACUUGAAACGCCAUCAAAUGGCUGCAGACCGUCUUUCCACAUCACGCGAAAUCACUGAUCGUUACUGUGAAGCUAUAAAGCUGUCAGGCUACAACGACGAUAUGGUUUGCUCGGUUUUCGUAACCUACGUCGAAAUCUACAACAAUUAUUGCUACGAUUUGUUGGAAGACGCCAGAAAUGGAGUAUUGACGAAGCGUGAAAUUCGUCAUGAUCGUCAGCAACAGAUGUACGUCGACGGAGCCAAAGAUGUUGAAGUCUCGUCAAGCGAGGAAGCUCUCGAAGUGUUCUGCCUUGGAGAAGAACGUCGUCGUGUAUCGUCCACUCUUCUCAACAAAGAUUCAUCCCGUUCUCAUUCCGUAUUCACUAUCAAAUUGGUUAUGGCUCCGAGAGCCUACGAGACGAAAAGCGUGUAUCCAACAAUGGACUCAUCGCAAAUUAUCGUUUCGCAGUUAUGUUUGGUAGAUUUGGCUGGAUCUGAGAGAGCAAAGCGCACACAGAAUGUUGGUGAACGUCUUGCGGAAGCCAACUCGAUCAAUCAGUCCCUCAUGACUCUUCGUCAGUGUAUUGAAGUACUCCGUCGUAACCAAAAGAGUUCCUCACAAAACCUUGAGCAAGUUCCAUAUCGCCAGUCAAAAUUGACUCAUUUAUUCAAAAACUAUCUGGAAGGAAAUGGAAAAAUCAGAAUGGUUAUUUGUGUGAAUCCAAAGCCUGAUGAUUACGAUGAAAACAUGAGUGCUCUAGCUUUCGCUGAAGAAUCACAAACAAUUGAAGUGAAAAAGCAAGUUGAACGAAUGCCAUCCGAGCGGAUUCCUCAUUCAUUCUUCACCCAAUGGAAUUCUGAGCUAGAUGGAUCUGUUCGUAUGGAGGAUGAUGGAAGUAGAGAAAUUCCGUGCCCACCGACAUUCUGUUUGACAGAUUGCAAUGACAAAGAUACGGUAGAUUCCAUGUAUAAGUAUGCUCGGAAACUUUCAUCUCUUCAAAAUUCAUCAGAAGAGGGACCAUCUUCAACUCUUCUUACUAUGAUUCGCCAAUACAUGAUGGAAGCAGACUACCAGCGAGUAGAGAUUGCACGUCUCAAAGAUUCUCUAAACGACAAGGAUGAAGAAAUCAAGAAGCUUCGAGGUUUCUGCUCAAGAUAUAAGCGUGAGAACGCUUCGAUGAAGGAACGAAUUGCCUCGUGUGAGCAAGGAGAGCAAGAGAAUGCUCUGGUUAUGGAAAAGCUUAUGGAACAAAAAAUGGAGGACAGGAAGAUUAUUCAGUCACAGAAGAAGGCGAUGAGAAAUGUUCGUGGAAUUAUUGAUAAUCCAUCCCCGUCUGUUGCUUCUCUUCGAUCACGAUUUGAUCAAGAGAAUGUGGCUCAUCCAACAGCUCCAAUCCAAACUCCACCACCGCCAUAUCAAACUCCAGGACGUGCUCCAGUCUUCAAAAAACGGUUAGAAGCCACUACAUCGACCACUGUAAUGUCUGGAUCUUCAAGUGGAGGAAGUGGUCAACAGGGUUACGUUAAUCCAAAAUAUCAAAGAAGAUCCAAGUCUGCAUCUCGUCUAUUGGAUCAUCAGCCACUUCAUCGAGUUCCAACAGGAACGGUUCUUCAGUCUCGUACACCGGCUAACGCCAUACGGACUACUAAACCUGAGAUGCAUCAGUUGAACAAAUCCGGAGAAUACCGUCUCACGCAUCAAGAAGUUGACGAUGAAGGAAACAUUAGCACGAAUAUAGUGAAGGUAAAUUCCUUGGUUUCCACCCAAAAACACGCCUGUACCGUCCCGUUGUCGUUUUCCCGUGUCCUUAUCACCCAUCUUUCCUGAUACAAAACUGUCCGUCUUUUCUUCUCACAAAGCACACACGUAACGCAUUCUAACAGGCACCAUCUAAACCACCAGAACUUCAACUGGAAGACUCGCAAAGCAGUUCGUAUUCACCGUGUACGGAUGUAAAAUCGAUAACGAUAUACUCUAAUCAUGAUGUUGAAGAAGAAGAUGAAUGAGAAUUAUUUGAAAUGAAUGUUUGCUGGGGGAAUGAGAAGAUGAAGCUGCUCUUUUUACAUUUUUAUGUGUUUGUUGUAUGUUUUUGAUUGUUUAUUGGCUAUUUUAGAUACUGUUUUAGUAGUGCUUGAGAAAACUGCCUGAAUUUGCUUGAUAUAUACUUUUUGAGUUAAAAUUUCAUGCUUAAAAUUAACUAAUUUAGUGCUAGUUCUAUAUGCAUUUAAUUUCAGUUUUUCAUGUAAUGUUUUAGGUCAUAUAACUUUAAAAAUACAUUUAUUUUUGUGUUCCACUUUCUCAUCUGUUGCUCAUCUCGAAUUUUUCAGGGAAAUGUAAUUCCAACAGUUUCCGGUGGCACUGCCGUGUUCUUCAACGAUAUCGAGAGACUCACUCACGAAUCUCCGAGCACACGAAAGUAAUUAUAAGUGCCGUCUUUGAUCUUUUUACCUCCAUCCUGCUGCAUUUUCAUGUCAAAUUUGUACCAUACUCUUCAAAUUUUCUCCAAAUAUUUAUUAAUUUAUUAUGUUUCUCAUUCAUAAUCCCAUUUUCCGAACUCGAAGAGAACUCUUGUUUUUUUGUAGACCUCACCGCAUUUUUAUGAUCUUUCACUUCUUCGUCUUUUUCUCCUUCUACGCACAAUUUUUUGAUAUCGAUCUGAAGAACUCUGUUCAUUUUUAUUCCCGACGAUGAUUUGUGUACUAGUAAAUGCUUUUGUAUUUUAAUUUUAAUUAAACUCAAAGAAUAUAAAAUAUGAAAAUAA